AUACAUCCGCACCAUGUACCUGGGCGUCCAGAGUCGUCGUCAGAAGGAGAACCACAGGCGGUUCUACUGGGCCAUGAUGUAUGAGUACGCUGACGUCAACAUGCUGCGUCUGCUGGAGACCUUCCUGGAGUCAGCUCCUCAGCUGGUCCUGCAGCUCUGUAUCAUGAUCCAGAGGAACCGGGUCGAGACCCUGCAGUGUAAGAGACAGGUGUUCCAUAGGGCUCCGUAUUGCGACCGCUUUCCCUUUUUGGGGUUUUACCCCUUCCACCGUUUUUUUUACAAAAAAAAAAAAAUACUUUAAAAAAUCAGUUUCCUUGUUUAUAUUUGACCAUAAGCAACUGUCAUCACAUUUGUCUGAUUUAGUAGAUUUUUUUUGUUAUUCUCUUUUAGUUUUUCUUUCUCGUUUGACCGAAACUUGCAUUUUCGAUAUUAUUGUUACAAGAUUUUGAAAAUUUGAUCAAAAAUGUUUUUGUGUGAAAAAGUAUGUGAAUAUUACAAAAACAUACAAAUUUUUAUCUUCCCCCAUGUGAAGGCAAAUAUUCGCAGCAGUUAUUUGUUGAAUGCAGGAUUGUGCAGCGGGUUGAUGGGCUAUAAUGCUGGACCCAUUUCUACAUUGAGGCGAUGUGAGAGCUAGGCUGUACUGAUGUUCUCGUCAAAAAACGGACCUGUUUAGGGGAAACAGGGCUGGUUUAAAAAAAAAAUAAAACUGAACUGAGGAGUCCUAUAUGGGCCCGUAUAUGUAUUUACCAAACAAAUAUAUCUGAAAAAUCACCUUUUUAGAGCUUAUUUAAACCAAAAAAAAAUUCACUUUUUUAAAAACACUCACUUUCAGGAUAUGCACAUUAAACUGUUUUAAAUUUUAAUAUUUAAUUUUAAAAUUUAGUUUUGCUAAAAUUAAAUGUGAUUGUUUUGGUUGUCCUUUGGGCAGUUAGGAAUUAAUGUUAAUGGUCUAGAUUAAAUUAUUCAUUAUGAGGGUUGGGGAAAAAACCCCCCCCGGGAAAUUUUUGAAAAAAGGAGGUGGUGCUUGAAAUCAUUGUUCUUCCUCUGUUAACCAUGGGUACCUGCCAGGAACCAGUGCGUACAUUGCUUUGCACAAAACGGGCUUCACAGGCAAGGAAUUGCUGCCCUGUAAGAUUGCACCGAAUUCAACCAUUAUCGGAUCAGCAAGAAACUUCAGGAGAGAGGUAAUUGUUGAAAGAAGGUCAGGGCGCCCAAGAAGUUCCAGCAAGUGCAGGACCAUUCUCCUAAAGUUGAUUUCAGCGAGGGAGCGGGGCACCACCAGUGACAGAGCGCUCAGGAAUGGCAGCAGGCAAGGUGUGUGAGUGCAUCUGCACGCACGUUGAGCAAAGACUUUUGGAGGAUGGCCUGGUGUCAAGAAGGGCAGCGAGGAAGCACUCUCUCCAGGAAAAAACAGUCAGGGACAGACCGGCUACUCUGCAAAAGAACAGGGAUUGGACUGCGAGGAGGAACUGGGGUAAAGUCAUUUUCUGCGUGAAUCCCUUCGACUUUGUUUGGGGCAUCUGGAAAAAAGUUUGUACGGAGAAGACAAGGUGAGCGGCUACAUCAGGUCCUGUGUCAUGCCAAAAGGACAGCAUCCUUGAGACCAUUCAUGUGUGGGGUUGGGGUGCUUCUCAGCCAAGGGAGUGGGCUCACUCACAUUUUGCCUAAGAACACAGCAUGAAUAAAAAUGGGUUACAACACCUCAUCAGAGAGCAACUUCUCCCAACCAUCCAGAAAAAAAAACAGUUUGGUGACUAACAAUGGCAUUUUCCAGCAUGAUGAGACACCUUGCUAAAAAGGCAAAAGUGAUAACUAAGUGGCUCCGGGAACAAAAAAUCGACCCAUUUGGGGUCAAUGGCCAGGAAACUCCACAGACCCCUUAAGACAUUGAGACUGUGGUCCAAUCUCACGAGGGGGUGGAAAACACAAAAACCCACAAAUUCUGACAAACUCAAGCAUUGAUUAUGCAAGAAUGGGCUCUAUCAGUCAGGAUGUGGCCCAGAAGUUAAUUGACCAGCAUGCCCAGGGCGGAUUCACGAGGUCUUUGAAAACGAAGGGUCAAACUGCCAAGAUUGACUCUUUGCAUAAAAACGUAUGAAUUGUCCAAUAAAAGUGUUGAACACUUAUGGAAGUUGUAUUUAUACUUCAGAUACCAUAGUAACAUAUGAGAAAAUACUAAAACACGGAAGCAGCAAAACUUGUGAAGACCAAUACUUGGUCAUUCUCAAAACUUUUGACCACGACUGUAGAUAUUUAGGAGGGAGUCUGCGAAUUGUCUCGUCUUGGCAGUGACGCUAGUGUGCGGGGUUGCUGGCAGUUUAAACGGAAACGUGAGAUGUUCGUUGAUUAACUGUAUUACUCUUCAACACAUCAGAUUCAUCUUCAUCUAUCUUGUCCCCUUGGAAGACAGAUGACUAGUGAUUGUUAGGCAGGACAUAGUGGUAUCCCCCCUGGUGUUAGCUCUACAGAGUAUAAAUGCAGAUGGUCCUGCUGAACUCAUGGUGGAUGAAGUGGUGAUUACAUGACCAGUGUUCUUCUCAAACUGGUCUUUGGGGGGGACCCCAAAGGGUGCCAUUUUGUUUUUUUGGCCUCGCAACUCGCCAAACUGGAUUUAGGUUGAUUAGUUGGAAUUCCGAUGUGUAGUGAAAUAGCACCCAUUUACGUCAGACUCGCAAUGCCACACCGGUCAAGUGGAUGGCUUCUCUUGGCAAAUUGUAAACAAAAAAACAACAAAAAACUAUGUGAGAGAACUAAGCUUUUGUGCAUAUGGAAACUUUCUGGGCUCUUGUUUAAGCUCAGAAACAUGGGACCAACACUUACGUGUUGCGUUUAGUAUUUGGUUUCAGGUAUAAAUAGGACGAAUCUACCCUCUAAUGGGCUUGAGUUCUUGCUCGCGUUCUUGCUAUCUUCUUUUCUCGCUUUCUCCACAUCCUCUCGCCAGAGAUACAUCCGCACCAUUGUACCUGGGCGUCAGAGUCGUCGUUAAGAAGGGAGAACCACAGGCGGUUCUACUGGUCCAUGAUGUAUGAGUACGCUGACGUCAACAUGCUGCGUCUGCUGGAGACCUUCCUGGAGUCAGCUCCUCAGCUGGUCCUGCAGCUCUGUAUCAUGAUCCAGAGGAACCGGGUCGAGACCCUGCAGUGUAAGAGACAGGUGUUCCAUAGGGCUCCGUAUUGCGACCGCUCCGGUUUUGGUUUGACCUCUUCCACCGUUUUUGUUACAAAAAAAAAAAAUACUUUAAAACAAGUCAGUUCCUUGUUGAUAUUUGUACCAUAAGCAACUGUCAUCACAUUUGUCUGAUUUAGUAGAUUUUUUUGUUAUGUGCUCUUGGAGUUUCGUUUCUCAGUUUGACGCGAAACUUGCAUUUCGAUAUUUAAUUGUUACAAGAGUUUUGAAACAUUUUGAAUCAAAAGUGUUUCAUGUGUGAAAAUAGUAUGUGAAUAUUACAACACAUGACAAAAUGUUGAGUCUUCUCCAUGUGAAGGCAACUAUAUCGCAGCAGUGUAUUUGUUGAGAUGCAGUAUUGUGCAGCGUGGUUGAUGGAGCUAUAAUGCUGGACCCAUUUCUCACAUUGCAGGCGAUGUGAGAGCGUAGGCUGUACUGAUGAUGUCUCGAUCAACACGGACCUGUCUUAGGGAAGCAGGACUGGUGUAGUAAACAAAAUAAUGCUGAGACUGAGGAUGUCCUAAUAUGGACACCGUAGUAGUGUGAUUCAACCAAUCAUAAUAUAUCUGAAUAUCACACUAUUUUAGAGCUUAUUAACCAAAACAAAAAUUCACUUUAUCACUGCACUUUACAUGGAUAUGCACAUUAAACAUGUUAUAUUUCAAUAUUUAAUUUAACAGUUUAGUUUAGCUAAAAUUAAAUGUGAUUAGUUGGAUUGUCCUUUGGGUCAGGUUAGGAAUUAAUGUUAAUGUGUCUAGAUUAAUUAUUCAUUAUGAGUGGAAAACAGAUUGACUGUCCUGCAGAAACUUCAUGCUCCCAGCCCUCUGCUCGGCUCCAGACAUUCUUACUGGACUUACAGAACAACACGUUUCACACAGAAAUAAUCACCUUUAUUAUAUCCCAUCUUUCUUAGCUACAUGUCUGGUGCGCCUAUGAAGAAUGAAGAGAGAGAGAGAACAGGGAAUGCCGCUCUAUCGCGAGUCUUCCUCAGCUCUCGAUCGCUCGAUCUCUCUAUCUUCGCGCCCCGAUUCCGCCUCUCUCGAUCUCUCUCUCUUCGAGUUCUCUCUAGCUCUCCUCCUACGCGCUAUCGCUACGCGAGAUUCGCGCGGACGCACGCGCGAGCUCGACGCCGAGCUAGGAGCUAGAGCACGCGUCCCGCGCUCGCGCACCAAAAAGUAGGUCGGCUCGCGGCAGGGCGGACUUUUAAAAAUAAGCGAGUGGGGGAGCCAAAAGGCCCCUUUAUGGUGAUUCCCAUCAAAAUUGUAAAAAUUUUUUUGGUUAUAAAAAAAAAAAUUUUUUAAACUGAAUUUCAUGGGAUAUGUUUAAAUUUUUUUUUUAAAAUUUAAUUUUUAAUUUAUUUUUAAAAAAAAGGAAGGGAGGGGGGGGAAAAUGAAGGGAAAAAGGGAGGGAAAAACGGGACGCCGAAAAAAAUUUGAAGGCGGGGCCCAGAAAUUUUAGGGAACCAGAAAAAAUUUUAAAAGAAAAAAAAACCCACCCCCAACCUGGUCCCCCCCUUUUUUCCCCCCUCCCCCCCCCCCCCCCCCCCCCCCCCCCGCCCCCCCGUCCCCCCACCCCCCCCCCUCCCCGCCCCCCCCCCCCAAAAAAAAAAAACCCCCCAUGGGCCCCCCAAAAAAAAAGGGGGCCCGAAAAAAACCCCCCCCCCCCCCCCCCCCCCCGGGGGGGGGGGGGGGGGGGGGCCCCCAAAAAAGGGGGGGGGGGGUUUUUUGGGGGUUUUUUUUGGGGGGGGGGGGGGCCCCCUUUCCCUCUCCCCCUCUUUUACCCCUCUCCCCUUUUUUCUUUUUCCCCCCCCUUUCCCUCCCCUUUUCCCUUCCGGGCCCCCUCUCCCCUUUCCUCUCCUCUCCCUUUUCCCUUUUCUUUUCUCCUUCCCUUCCCCCUUUAUCUCCUCCUUCCCCCGGGGAUUUCAUCCUCCCCCUUCCUUUUGGGGGGUUCGGCCCCCUUUCCCACAAACCCUGCGUGACUCCCGUGACGACAAGAUGAGUAUGAGCUACCGUGGGGCCCUGGUACACCUGUUCUGGCGCCUCUUCACCAUCUCCUCCCGGGUCCUCUCCUUCGCCCUGUUCGCCUCCGUGUUCCAUAUCUACUUCGGCAUCUUCGUGGUGAUGCACUGGUGCGCCAUGGCGUUCUGGGUAAUCCACGGUGGCACCGACUUCUGCAUGUCCAAGUGGGAAGAGGUUGUGUUCAACAUGGUGGUGGGCGUGGUCUAUGUGUUCUGCUGGCUGAACGUGCGGGAGGGCCGGACACGCUACCGUAUGGUCACCUACUACACCGUGGUGCUGCUGGAGAACGCCGUGCUCACCGCGCUCUGGUACGCCUACCGCGACCCCGCCACCACCGAUGCCUACGCCGGCUCCGCCCAUCUGCAGCGUCUUCCUGUGCUUCGCCUCGGGCGUGGCCUGCAUGGUUCUCUAUUACGGGGUGUUGCACCCCAUGGGCCCCGGGCUCCGGGUCCUGGCUUCCUCCUGCUGCGC